AGGCGGCCCCGGCGGCGGGAGCCCCGCUCGGGGCGGCGGGACCGGCCCGGAGCUGCCAUGGCCCGCAGCCGCUCUCGGAAGCGAUCGCGGAGCAGGAGCAAAAGCGGCUCUCGGAGCAGGCAGGAGAGGAAGGAGAAGAAAAGGAGGAAGAGCAGCAAGGACUUGCUGCAGGGCAGCAGCUCUCCACCGAGGAAGAGGAUCUCUGGCUCUCACGGACAUAAGUCGAGUUUGGCAGCGGCCAGGGAAGAAAAGAAGAAGGAAGGAAAGGACAAGAAGAAAAGGAAGGCCAGUAGCUCUUCCUCUGGGACAUCUUCAUCCACCAGCUCUUCCUCAUCUUCCUCUUCCUCCAGCUCCUCUUCUGAUGAUUCCAGUGACAGUGACUCCAAAAUGAAGAAGAGUCAAGACAGCAAAAAAAAACGAGUGAAACAGAAAGACAAAAAGAAGAGGAAGAAGAAGAAGAAGAAAAAAAUAAAAAAGAAAUUGAAGAAGACGGCAAAGGAGAGGGCUAAGGAGGAGAAAGCCAAGGGAGAAGAGGUGCCCGGCCCCUCGCUGGAGCAGUGGCAGAAGGAGUCAGGGGUGGACUCUGGGCCAGUUCUGACAGAUGAACAGAAGUCCCGGAUCCAGGCUAUGAAGCCAAUGACAAAGGAGGAGUGGGAUGCGAGGCAGAGCGUCAUAAGGAGAGUGGUGGAUCCCGAAACGGGGAGAACCAGGCUCAUUAAGGGGGACGGGGAAGUCCUGGAAGAAAUCGUCAGCAAGGAGAGACACAAGGAGAUUAACAAGCAAGCCACGCGUGGGGACGGGCUGGCCUUCCAGGUGAGGACGGGGAUGCUGCAGUGAGGGAAGGCACCAGCCAGCCCAGGAGCCCGUCCUGCUGCCCCUGCCAGCCCGGGGAGAGCCUCUGCCUCUGGACCACGCACACAGCACCGUGUCAGGAUGUGCCCAGGGGCCCUGUGCAGCUGCUCUGUAAGUUACUGACUGGGAAGGAGAGCGACUUUGGUGGUUCAUGUCCCAGUUAACAGCUUCUCCCCAUCCCUGCUCAGGUCACUGUGGCUGUAAGGCACCUGAGCCCUUUGCCCCAGCGCUCCUCUGGAUGCUGGAGGAGCUCAGCAGCACCCAGGGGACAGGCUGGAGGAUGCUGAGCACCUCAAGGUGCCCUGGGCUUUGCGGGCCAGGAGCCAAUGCUGUGGCCAGGACAGGGCGUGUUCCAGGGCCACAAAACACGCAGCUGGCUGCCACUUCUUCCCUUCAGGGGCUGCCCGUGGCCCUUUCCUUGCUGGAUCUGGCUCAGAGGCCCUUUGCACUCACUGACCCCACUCAGAGAGGAGUGGCUGUGGCUCUGCACCCCUGAGUGCCACCUCUGUGCCCCAGGGCUUCUCCCAGCCUUCCUGCAGCUUCACCUCCUCGGCUGGGGGAGCACUGACCCGGCACACUGCGCUGGCAUCUCUGCAGGCCUGCUUUGCAGAGAGGUGGCUUUGCCUCGCUCCCUGCUCCUGCAUGCAACCCGUGUCCCUUCCCCACAGCACAGGCCCCGGGCAGCGCUGGGGCUCUGGGCUUCUCAGGGCCCAGGGCUGCUCUGAAGCAAACACAGCAGCCUUUCCCCUUGCUGGAAAGUCCAUAAAUCUACAAACUGUAAAAAAGAAAAGGACAGAUGGGUUAAAGGACAAAUGGGUCCCGCAGGACUGAUCUCCACAGAGGGUUUCCACGUUCUGUUCAUGGCUGUAACCCCAUUAAACUGGCACCUGCUCACAUUUUACGACUUGUCCGUUCCUCGAGUAAUUCCCCCACCCCAACAAAAAGCAGACAGAGAAGAGCCUU